AUGGUGGAGGGCGAGGUUGAGAGACACAGAAAAGAGAAAAUUAAUGCAGGAAUUAACCGUAUUGGUAAUCUUCUGCCAUGUUCCCAGGCUCUUAAACAGAGUAAGAACAUGAUACUCGACCAAGCUUUUCGCUACAUCACUGAACUGCAAAAGCAAAACGACACAAUGCUUCUAGAGGGAGGAGAUAAAGUUCAAGCGGAGGAGAUACGUCGGCUUCGGCGUCAGUUGGAGGAACUGAGAAAGGAGAGUGGUCACUACAUUGAGCUCCUGAAAGCUCAUGAUAUAAACCUUCAUGAGGACCCAACUAGCCACUGGAAGGGCAAGCAGCGCAAUGCCAAAGUGGCAAAGGUGACUCCCACUCAUCAGCUUCCAAAAGGGAUUGUUGUUUAUUCCAACGGCAGCGCGAUGUGCCCUGCAGGGAAGCAGCCCAGUCCAGGGAAGCAGCCCUCUGAAACAAUAAUUCUUCAGUCAACAUCUGAGGCCAGAUUAAGAGUCAAUGGAGCUGUGCUGCAAGUUAAUGCGUCUUCCUCCACCCCUGCGCUUCUCCCCGUGUCAGCAGCUUUGCCCACUCAGUCUACGACUGGUCUGAGAAUGAUAGAGCAGCGUGUAGUUGAGACACCGGCUGCAGCCCCCUCUCUGCCACCCUCUGUGUCUUACAUCACCCUCCAGAUCCCUGCUGCCACCACAACCCUGGCACAGCCAACAGAGCCCGCUGCCCUUCAUACCCUCACUGUGGCAGCUACUACUCCAACUGAGAGCUCUGCUGUGACGGUGUCCACACAGCCCACAUUUACCCAAACUGUAACCAGAGCAAUGACUUCAGACGUUUGCUCUUGGGUUUCACCAGAUAAUGCCAUCAGGACAGUAAGUUACACUUCUAUCCCAAGCAGCCAAACUCUUCUUCGGGCCGGGGCUGCAGGCAGCACGCAGACUACUUGGACAACAUUGCAGAUGGCUGGGAACACGGUGCAGCCAGUAUGCCAAAGCCUCCCCUCUCAAGAGGCCAGCAGUGCCACCCAGGCUGUCCAGCAGGUUACUGUGUGUCCAGGGAGCAGCAAACCGUCUGUUCAUCCUAUUCAAAUACAGAUGCAACCAAAUGUGCCUUUACAACAGGCAACCAUUACAGGUCCCAUUCAAGGACAGCCCAUUCAAAACCCAUCCCAGCUUCGGCCAGCAGUUCUAAACCCGGUGCAGCCUCAGGCUAUUCUGGCCGCACAGCCGCGGUGUGCCGUUCUUCCCCAGUCAGCCAUAGUCCCCCAGCCAGCUGUUGUGGCCCACCCUGCGGUUGUUUCACAGGCCCAGCCUACUGUACUUCAACCAGCAUCAUUGGUUCCCCACCCUCCACCAGCCCUUAUCCCACAGCCACAGCCCCUCCCUCAGCCCACCCUGGUGCCCCAGGCACAAGCCACUGUGCUGCCCCUCCUUCAGACCAUGCAGGUACUUCAAGUUAACCCAGCUGCAGCAACAGCAUCAGGUGCGACAGCAUCCCAGAACACAAACAAUCCGAGUGUCGUUAUUCUGCAGCAGACCAGUGCCUGCCCAGCUCCGCCAGUUGUGAGAGAAGAAGUGACUAAUCAGACACCAUGUCAGCAUAUUGUAAUUAUCCAAGCACCAAAUCAGGCUGCGUCUGCUUCUCAGAAUCCUCAAGUGGGUAUGGUUCCUGCUCCGAUACCUGCCGUGUCCACACAGACACCUGCAACCAGUAGCACAAUGUCUGUCACUCCCUUACAUAGCGUUGGGGGAAAGCAGCUUGUGCAUAUCCUUCCUCGUCCUGUUCCGCCUCAAGUGAACCAUACUGUGCAGGUAACCCAGGCAUCCUCUUCUGCACUAGUUCCCACAACUCCCAAAACGAUCACUGUGAAUGGUCAGGUGUUUGCCCUGCAGCCCCUGAAGCCCUCUGACAAAUCCACCUGCCAGGGUGGCCAGAGUACUCUCCAACUGGUCCAGCCCAACACCACGGAAGAACCAACUACUAAUGUGGCACUCAACAGCUUGGGGGCCCUUAGUAGCCUUAAUCAGAGCAUCUCACAGGGGCUCCCCCUUAAUAUUUCAAGUCAGAACAGUUGUAUGCCUCCACCGGCUCCACUAUCACUACUCCAACAAAAUCAACAACCCCCUCCUGCUCCAGCACCCACUGCUGUUGCUACGCUUGUUCAACCUCCCCAACAGCCACAGGUCCCUUGUGUGAACCCAGUCAAAUCAGGGCCUGCUGUUAAUGCUUCAAAGCCUUGUGGAAAUAGACUUCGCACAGCUUUAAUUACAAAGAGAGUAGUACCUAAGAGGACUAAAUCUGCCAAGAAGAAAGAGCUCAUUCCGGUUCAAACUGCGGUUGCUUCUUCAAAUGCAGUGGCUUCUGGAGGGGUGAGCCAGAAAGUUCAGGUUGCAGUUUCUCAAGUUGUACAGUCUUCAACUGUCAAAGUCACAGAUAUUAACCCUACGUGCACCACGGCUGCCACAACUGCACAAAGUGUUGCAGCUCCAGACAGAGUUACUGCUAGCGCAUCCUGUAUUCCAGCUGUCUUAGGCAAGACACAUCAAGAAGGUUCUAAAAGUUCUACUACUGCAUCUCAGACUGAUUCAGUAGUCAGCCUUACCACCACAAGUAGUAUCGCAGCCACAUUUCCAACCGUCAGUGUAACAUCAGUAAAGCCAUCCAUCAGUUUGUCUACUGUGAGUAAACCAGCUGCUGGUUCUGGCCACAGCUCAUCUGGAAGCAAAGUCUCAGCUGCCAAUGUUAAACAGUCAACAGUCAGUGGAGCAGCUGACACAAUGCAAACCAAGUCAUCUCCAACCUCCACUGUUUCUAAACAGAACAAAAUGGCAGCAGCUUCUGCAGCUGCCACCGACUCUUGCCACACAUCCGCAGCAAAUUCAACUGCAGGUUUAUCUCAAGUUUGUACCAGUAGCGUCACAGCCACCACACCAGUUUCUGUACAUCAGACCACCCGGACGGCCUCCCCAUGCCUUUCCCUUAGAUCUAAAGGACAAGAUCCACUGCCUUGUAAAAAAUCAGAGCCUCAGCCCACAUCCUCAUCCUCUGCAUCCACAGCGGUGGCUUUUUCAUCACCUGCACCAGUGUUUUCUGUUGCCCACAGCUCCGUUACAGCCUCUUCAACUAGUUCAGAGAUAAGAAAAAGACCCACUACUCCAAGAGCUCCGACACAGCAGGCUGAGAUGUCUAUGUCCAACCAGACCCCAUGCCACCCUGUGGAGGUGAAACCACACCAGGCCCCUAGAAUGAACAGGGAUGCUCAGGAGGAGAGGCAUUCCUCAGCUUCACAGAAAGAGAGAUUAGUGGCAGCCAAUGAUCCCUCGAGAAAGGAGUUUGCACUUUCCCAGCAGGUUUACACAAACCUAGACGAUCAAGAUAUGGAGCACCCUCUGAGUUCUGGCAGACAGACAGAUUCUCCCUCCUCUGCAGGACCUGGAAGUGGCAGAGGAUUCUCUGUGGCAUCAAUGCUCCCCCAGGGCCAAAGUAUCGGUGCACCAGCCAGCUCUUUUGGAACAUUUACAUUUACAUCUGAGCAGGCAGAGAUGCUUGCCCUGGCCAUGCUUGAACAGGACAGCCCUGGGAGAAGAGGUGGAGGCUGUUCCGGGGAUAGUGCCUCUUCAUCUAACUCCACCACAGCUACAUGGGAGCCCCCCAAAACCCCAACAGUCUCCUCUAAUAAAGAGAGGGGCCUAGCUGGCCAGCAGGCUAAAGUGACUAAACCCAUGGAUCCAGGAACUGUUAAACCUGUUGUUGAGAUGUCAGUCAGAGGACAAAUUAGGGAGGGGCCAGUCAGCAGUACAAAUGUAAGUAGACAUCCACAAAUUAUUACAUACUCACAGUCUCAGCCGGUCCCCCAGGCCCAGUCUCAGAGCUCAUCCCAGAGUGGGACCGUGACUUGCCUUAGUGUCAACAAUCUGAUACGGUCAAGCUCCAGCCACCAGCCAUAUCCUAGCUCCCCUAAUUUUGCUGGCCAACAGGGCUCCGUUCCCUCUCCUGUGGGGACCUCGGCUCAUAUUUCCCAACCUUCAAACAAUGCCCUCUCACCCUGUCCGGGUGCUGCCCAGGCAAAUGAAUAUACCCCCUUAAAGUCUUCGCUAAUGAGGGCCCAGCCGGGAGGUGGAGUGGGUGAGCGGCAAGUAAAGAUUAUUUCUAAACGGCAGGCUCAAGAAGAAGUAAUGAUAAACACAGGGAAACGUCCCAAGCCUUGCCCACAACCAACGAACAUUGUUAGCCAUAUGGAGGUAAAAGCUCCAGACCACAGUCAGAUUAUGGUGGGACAGCUGCCAUCCACCUCCUCUUCUAUCAUGGCAAGGAUUAAUUCCGAGAGUGGAAGCCCUCUCUUUUCCACAAACUCCUUCAUGAGUCCUGCAGUUCACCCCACUGAGGCCCACUGUCCUGCCCAGGGACCCCCUGAGCAGAGUCAGGUGGGCGUGCUUCAUCUGACCCAAGGUCAUCCACAGCAUGCAGUAAACCAGACGGGCCAGCAUCUGGGAGGGAACCUUUACAUGAAACAGCAGCAGCAGCAGGAGCAACAGAGACACCAACUGUAUCAUUUGCAACACCACCUGACACAGCCAGACCCCGCACAGCGCCACUCCCUACACCAGAGGGCGCUGCAGCAGCAGCAGCAACAGGAGCAGCAGCAUGUCCAGAAGAAGCGGGGGCUGGUGAGGGGAAGUCAGACCGGCUCACCUGCGGGCAUGCAGCCUAAGCAGCAUCACAUGGAGAAGUCUGGAGUGCAGCAGCACUCGCAUCAGCAGCAGACGCAGCAUCAGCAGCGCACGCAGCAGCAGUCCCAGCAGCACCCGCAACAGUCCCACCCACAGUCCCAGCAGCACCAACAACCAGCACAGCACCAACAGUCCCAUCCCCAGCAGCACCAACAGCAGGCGCACCAACAGCCCCCCCAGGCGCAGCAUCAGCAGCAACAGCAGCAGCAUCAGCAGCAGCAGCAGCUGCAGCAGCAGCAGCAGAGCAGCCACUCCAGGCACCAGCAGCAUCUGCAGCAGCAGAUCCAGCAGCAGCAACAGCAGCAGCAGCACUUCAGGCAUCAGGACAAGAGCUGCGAAGCCCAGGGAGCAGGAUCCAGAGCCCACCACAGCAGCCACAUGGCUCAGCAAGACCACCUCAAGUCUGGUCAGGACCAUAACGCAAUGCAGAGGAUGAUGAACUCCAGGGGUCUGGAGCAGCAGCUCAUCUCUCCCUCCAGCAAUCCAGUGUCCCGCUCGUCUGAGCUGGCCUGUGCCCCUUCUCGCCAGGAGCGGCACCGCGUGUCCAACUAUUCUGCCGAGGCGCUCAUCGGUAAAAGCUCCACCAGUGGCGAGCAGCAGCAGCGCAUGGCCCUCCACCUGCAGCCCGGCCGCGGCGCCGCUCAGGAGCAGCAGGACCUCAGAGGCUACCUGGACACAUCGCGGGGAAAGGCUAGCAUUGCACACAACCCCCAGAACCGCCUUCCCUCCGAGCAUCCGGGCUCCGAUGUUCAGCACGUCUCGGAGUGUCCACCCUUCAAGGCCAUGGGCGGGGGUGGGGGGGCACAUCAGCUCGGAGGUUUCGAGGCUCAAGUGUCUCGUGGAAGCGACAUGGCCCCUAAGCCGGUGCCUCCCUCCCAAAGGGGUCCUCAAGGGCAGCAACAGGGAGGGUUCAGGAUGAAUGUAGGUCCCUCAGUGGAUGGCAGAAACCGUGGUGGCUACAGUGGAGCUCACUCUGGCCUGCAGGGGGUGCAGGUUGGGCCGGCUCAGGACGGCUGUCACCAGAGUUUCAUGCAGAGCCUCCUCUCGCCCCACCUUCCUGAGCAGACCAGCCACCAGCGAGCCGUGCAGUGCUGUCCUCCAGUCAGCAUGGAGUACAGCUGUGUGCCUGGAAGCUCCUCGGGAGACAUUCAGGCCAAGGCCUCAAGCCCAAGCGUGCCGCAGUCUCAGAAGGCCCCAGCUAUGCGACUUGCAGAGAGCAACAAGGGCCACAUUUCUCAGGUCAACGGUAAUAUGCACCAGGGCCCAGGUGUGCGGACAGGGCUCCCCCACCCUCCACCCCCACACAGCAGCUCUGAGCCCGGCCGCACCUCGGCCCCCUCCAGACCACCCACCGCUGUCAGCCAGCACUCUCGCCAUAUUGCCCGAGACACUCAGCCCGCUAAACUGAGACCGGGUGACCGGCCUCGGUCAGGCACUCUGAGAACGACCAACCCCUUCGAGCCGGAUGGCCACCUGCCACUGCCCUCCGGGGGGGGAGUGCUGUUGAGCCGAUCGCAGUCCGGAGGAGAGGCCCGCCGCAGCACCAUUGUUCGCCUCAUGGCCGACAACGGGCAGGUUCCCGGAGACAACAACCUGGUGGCUGACCAACACCUGACCCAGAACUUUGGCUUCCCCUUUAUUUCUGAGGGGGGGAUGAAUCCUCCACCUCCCAUCAACGCAAACUCCACGUUCAUCCCUCCGGUCAGCCAGCCCAGCACCUCCAGGACACCGUCCCUCCUGCCAGUGGAGCCCCAAAACACUUUACCCUCCUUCUACCCCUCCUAUUCUCCUGCCGCUCACCCCAGCCUUCCCAGCGAUGUCACUCUGCAGUACUUCCCAAACCAAAUGUUUACAAGUCCCAGUGCAGACAAAGGCAGCGCCCCCCCGCUCAACAACCGCUUCGGCUCCAUCCUCUCACCCCCCCGCCCCGUGGGCUUUGGCCAGGCCAGUUUUCCACUGCUCCCAGACAUGCCCCCCAUGCCCAUUGCCAACUCGUCAGGAAUCACCCCUCACAUCUCCAACUUCAGCCUCACCUCUCUGUUCCCUGAAAUCGCCACCGGCAUGCCCACCGACGGCUCGGCCAUGCCAAUGUCUCCCCUGCUGUCUCUGUCCAACACCUCGUCUGCAGACUCUGGCAAACAGCCCAACCGCCCAGCCCACAACAUCAGCCACAUCCUGGGCCACGACGGAACCUCUGCCGUGUAAGGGGAGCCUGAACGCCUCGGGAAAGAAUUUAAAUUUGCAAAGAAUUGAAGUUUCUAUUUGAAAUUUCUUUCAAUGUUUAAAGAAAGUAGUGGUGAAGCACCAAUGGAAGGAGAUUUUGGUUGUUUACAAGUUUAAACAGUUUCAAUUUAAAAAGUUUUCUCUUUGGCAUGUGACGUCAGUCUGUUUUUGUUUUUUUCCAAUAUUAUUAAUUAUGGGAACAUGAAAAUGUGAACCCUAAAAGCCUCCUUUUGACAGUUUGCUAAAAACUGACUCGUCACAAAUGAAGUUUAGGUUCAGUUUGUGUUCAUUGUGUUUCUUGUCACUUAGAAACUUUCUGCACAGUUAUUUGCUAAUGUAAUUACUAACUUAUCAGGUUGUUCUGUACAGAAUAACUUUUUCCAAGAGCUAUUUUGUAAAUACCAAUGUUUCAUAUCAGAAUUGUUAGAUUAUGUAUGUAUUUGUAAAUAAGAAAUGGAUUAAUAAAGUUUAUAAUGAC